AUGAAGACAGCAUCCCUCCUCACCGUCCUCUUGGCUUCCCUCCCCUUCACCAACGCCGCCCUCAUCUGGGACGGCCGCUUCAACGACUUCGCCUCCGCCGCCGACCUCAACAAAUGGUCCUGGUCCAACCAAGUCGGGCCCUACCAGUACUACAUCCACGGCUCCGGCUCCGUCGACAAGUACAUUUCUUUGUCUGAAUCCUACAAAAACCCCAACGACACGCGCUCCCGCCAGGGCGCCAAGUUCACGCUCGACAACACGGCGUACUGGAACGGGCAGAACAUGCGGCGCAUCGAACUCAUCCCCCAGACCAAGGAGGCUAUCAACAAGGGCAAAGUGUACUAUCACUUUUCGAUUAUGAGAUCCGACAAAAACGCGCCGAGCGUGAAUAGGGAACAUCAGAUUUGUUUCUUUGAGAGCCAUUUUACGGAGCUGAAGAGCGGCUGGAUCUCGGGCGAGUCGGGAACGAGUAACCCGAAUUUGCAGUGGAUGACGAACCAGAGGAGUGGGUGGAAGACGGAGUGGAAGGCGGGGGUUUGGCAUAAUGUUGCUUAUGAGAUUGAUUUUAGCGCCAACAAGGUCGGGUUCUGGCACUCCGAAGGCGGCGAACCUCUGAAGCAGGUCGUUGCCCCCGUCUCGGUCUCGACUUCGUCUAACGGCGCCGACUGGCACUUGGGUGUUCUUGAACUGCCCAGGAACGGGUAUAGUGAUACGACGGAGGACUUUUACUUCUCUGGUGUGUACAUUGAGACGGGCCCGAUCACUACUGUCAUUGGUGGUCCUUGA